GUUUGCAGAAGGAAUAUAUCACGGUGUGGCAUAGGAAUGCAAUAUAUAUCAACUGGCCUUUGUGAUAUAUAAGCGUAUAUUAAUAUACCUGCAUCUAUAGAGAGGAGCUGAUAGACUAUACUUAAGCACACUUCACCACCUACUCAAUAUACCUCAUCUAACUUAAUUUUCAAGAGGAAUGUAUUCUUCUACCUUUGACUAUAUACUCCACCUUUGAAACGCAUGAAGUGGGUAUUAUAUGUCUGCAGCUUGCUGUUUAACUUGUCAACAGAGCUAUAUUGAGAGGAAUAUAUAGUUUCUUUCCUUGGGAGGAUUAGUACGUCUGUGGAUAUAUAUGUCAUCAUUGAGUGACACAAGCUGUAUGAUACGUCUCUCUCGCUCGCUUUCUCUUUGUACUGUCUGUGCCCGUCAAUAGGGUUGGAGAUAACACAUGUGCUAUGCAAUAUUGAUUGAGAAUGGCCCUGAUGAGAGACUGCAAUAUUAACCACACAGCAUUUGAAUAAUAUAUAUACAUGCACUGCAACAAGUAUAUACGAGUCCCCCUACUUAGUCAUAUGUUCAUGUGCAGUGCAUAGUUAAAGUUAGCAUAUAUCUCCCAUAGUUACUCAUUUGAAGCCCCAAAUAUAGCUUAUAGUUUGUUAAACAGCAUUAAUCAUAGUAUAUAUAUAUAUAUACUUAUUUAUUAUAGGAGUUUAUCAUAUUUUAUAGUUGGAUAUUAUAUCAAAGAAAUUUGUCAUAUUUUUGCCUGACAAGACAUGUGCCUUCCAUUUUUUACUACUUAGAUAAAUUAUAUCAGAAGAUAAUUCCCAUGAAAUUUUAUAAAUGAAUAUAGACCAAAUAUGGAAAUUUCAUGAAUAAUUUCAAUCCACUAAAUACAAAGUGAUCAGUACUAUUAAAGAUCCUCAAACUGCCUUGAAAAGAGCCUGUACAUUUAGGAUUCAACGAUAUUUUUACUUCAAUAGUCCUCAAAUCUAGACUAUGACAAUGGGUGACAUACGCGAACCAGAAGAUUCGCCGGUCUCGCGCAGGAAACAGAUUAUACGCGGGCCAAUGGGCCUUCCCAUGGAAAUAGAAAUCACGUCCAGAAAACUUGGCAGAUACCAACAAAAACGAUGGCCCGAGCGACAGCCUCGCUUCUCGCGGGAGAUCGCGGACAUGGAAGUCGACGAAGGAGACGUUGUUGUUUUCGAUUGUCACUAUUACGGAUAUCCGUCCCCAGAGGUCACAUGGUUUAAGGAGGAUACGGAAGUUGAACAAAACGACCGAUGUUUAGUUUAUACAAACGAGAUUGAAAGUAUGUUAGUACUAUGUGAUGUGACUGUGAAGGAUACAGCUCAAUACACAGCCAAAGUGAAAAACUAUCUAGCAUCAGUGGAAACAGAUGCCCAUCUUACUGUCUAUAAAAAAGAGGAGAGAUGGCUAAGGUUACAGGAGAAAGCCAAGCUGAGGACACAGGACUUGGAGAGUGCUAUCAACAGCCUGAGUGACUUCGAGACGGCCCACAAUCGUCUCAAGACAUGGCUGGGAGAGAAGGAAAGGAUGGCUUCAGUUCUUGGACCCAUCGGUGUGGAACCAGGCAUCCUAAGGAACCAGAAACUCCAAGUAGAGGUUCUGCAAGAAGAGUUCGCUGCCCAUGAGCCACAGAUGGAGCAACUCCUUGAGGCCGGCCAGGCGAUCGUGGACAAGCAGGACCCCAGGUCACGCACCACCUCGCCCAUCCAACAGCAGGUAGCGGACCUCAAGAACCAGUGGGACGCCCUCAAGGGCCAGCUGGACGACAGGGAGGGCAAGAUCGACGAUGUGCUGCGAAAGAGCGAGCACUUCCACGAUAUCCUCCAGGACAGCUCCGACUGGCUGAUUGACUUCAGGAAUAAGAUCUCCAACCUGGCGCCCAUCAGCAACAGCCCAGAGGUCGUCAGGCAGCAGAUGGAGGAGACUAAGAACCUUCAACGAGAGGCUGACCGCCGUAAACCCCAGCAAGAUAAGCUCUCAGAGACACACAGGGAGCUGACUGAACUCAAUCCUGAACUGACUGCCAAGGCAGAAGUCACGCUGAAACUGGAGAGCGUCAGGACACCGUACAACGACCUCUGCCAUAAACUUGAUGAGAGGCAGGGUAAACUCCAAGCCGCCCUUCUGCAGUCGAGAGACUUUGAGGAAUCCUAUGGCAGCAUGCUGAGAUGGUUGGACACUAAGGACAAGGAAUUGAACCAAGUCAAACCCAUCUCAGCCAAACCAGAGGUACUCAGGAGACAGGUGGUUGAGCAUGAGGAGAUACCCAAAGAGAUCGUCAAACAAGUAUACACCUACGAGCGCAUGCUUGAGAAGAUCGACUCCCUCAAGGACGAAGCAGACAGCCCCGCGGAGAAGAAUGAACUCCAGGGCAAACGUGACUCCCUCCAAACCAAGUGGAACUCUGUCAACGACAGGGCCACACAGCGCGGCGAGCGGCUGAAGGAGGCCAACGAGAAGGCCAAGGUGUACUCGGACGAGCUGAACCAGUUCUUGCCUUGGCUGAGGAGUGCUGAGGAUAGAAUGAGCUCGCUGGGACCGGUGACGGCCAAGCCUAACGUGGUUAGGAGACAGUAUGAACUCAUCAAACAACUCCAAGAGGACAUUGACAACCAUCGCGACCACCACGAAGCAGUCAACAACUCAGCGGACCAACUCAUCUCAAGGACCGACAUCGACCACCCCUUCAUCAAGGACCAAGUCGGAGAGGCCAACAGGAGAUGGGAUGAGCUAGAGAAGGAUCUUCAAGAACAGCUUGCAAUCCUAGAAGACUUCCACAACCGCCUCAACGACUUCCACGACACCGUCAACACGUCUCAGAUCUCACUGGCCAACUUUGAAGAGCAGCUAGCUUUACAUGAUGCACCAGGCAAACUGGACCCCAAGAACCUCCAGAAACUGAAGGCUUUGCAAGACGAGGUCGACGGCAUGGAGCAAGCCAUCGUCAAGGUCCAGGACAACAGCAGUGGUCUAAUGGCUGCAGCGCCCCCACGAGCCGACACCACCCCAGUGGGUGAUGACGUGGAUGGUGUGGUCAAGCGCUACCAGAAGCUGAAGGGUUUGGUCAAGGAUAGGUACGGUCAGUUGGAGGCUGGAAACCAAGAGAUCCUCUCAUUCCAGUCCAUGUUGAACGACUGUAACUUCCAGCUGGGAGAGUCUGAGGAUGGACUUGACAAGAUGGCUCCCGUUGCUAGGGACCUCGACACCUUGGCGGCCCAGGCAGAUGAGAUUGAUAAAUAUCAACAGAAUCUGGAAGACAUCAAGAAGACCCUCCUGAAGGCUGAUCGUGUCUUCCGCGACAUCAUCGACCGAGGUUACCUCACUGACUCAGACAGCUUCCGUGAGCAGCUCGACAACCUCAACAAACGCUGGCAGCGACUGCGCGAGCGCGCCAACAAGCGCCAGGACGACGUCGAACGCACGACAUCACGCAUGCAAGAUCUCAAGCACACCAUGGGUGAGGUUGACGAGCUCCUCGGCAAGGCUGAAUCGGCACAAAUGCUGCAGAAGCCUGUCGGCGCCGAUGUCGACACCGUCAAACAGCAGCAGAAGGAGUUUAAGACGUACAUGAGGAACUUUGUGGAACCAUUGGUACCGAGGUUGAGGGAUGCCAACAGAGUUGGACAGAGCCUUGUACAGAGUGCAGAACCAAGGGUCAAUACCAACCAACUUGAGGGUGACAUGGAGGCCAUGAACGACAGGUGGAACAGACUACAUGCAAAGAAUUCUGACCGCGAGGCCAAGUUGAACGAAGGUCUCCUCCGUUGCGGCAAGUUCCAGGAGGCUCUUCAGUCCCUCAUGGGAUGGAUCGGAGAGACAGAAGACCUGGUCUCCACACAGAAGGACCCAUCCUCAGACUAUAAGGUGGUCAAGGCUCAGCUCGCAGAGCAACAGUUGCUUGAUCGUCUUAUCACUGAUCGCGAGCCCAGCGUUGAUGCCCUGAAGGAGAUGGGUGAACAACUAUCCAAGGUGUCCGAACCUCAGGAUCGCAUGCGCAUUCAACAGCAGCUCUCUGACCUGGAGCGCCGCUGGAGGGCGCUAGUCGAUGCUGUGCGCGACCGCCGCCAGAAGCUGGAGCAGACAGAGAAGACGGCCAAGGACUUCCACGAGCAGAUCGCCCCGCUGUCCCAAUGGCUGGACGCCACGGAGAGGUCACUAGCAUCACAGCCGCCGGUCAGUACGGACAAGGCUCAAAUCCAGAAACAGAUCCAGGACCAACAGGCCAUGGAAAGAGAUGUCCAAAACCACGGCCCGGACGUCAGAGAAACCAUGUCAGCAGGGCGAAAACUGCAGCGAAUGGUGUCUCCUUCAGAGCGUGACUCGCUCCAGACUCGACUUGAUGCUGUCCAGGACCGUUACGAUAACAUCCGCGACAAGACACUCCAGAAGAAGGUCGACCUCAACCGAGCCCUGGCUACAAGUCAGGUGUUCGGUGAGGAUGAGGCUGCCCUCUUGAGGUGGUUGACAGACAUGGAGCGCAAGCUGGGCAGGCCGCAGCCGAUAUCUAUCCAUCCAGAAGUCGUCCAGAAGCAGUUGGAUAACCAGACGGUAUUACAUGCGUCUGUUCUUGAUCGUCAACCGGAAAUCAGGAAAGUACUAUCGGAUGGACAAGAUCUGCUCAGGCAAUGCACUGGCAAAGAGGUCAGCGAUGUACAGCAGAAACUGGAUCACAUCCAGAAUCGCUAUGACAACAUCUUCCAGAAGAGCGAAGACCAGCUGAGCCAGCUACAACAGGCUGUCCCAUUGGCCAAUGAGUUCAACCGCCUACAGAGCGAGUUUGCUGAUUGGCUGAAGAAGGCCGAACAGGACCUGAGGAACUUUGACCCCUCAGCUAGCGUGGAGACACAGAAGGCAGUCCAAGAGAAACUGCAAGACGAGAUUGAUCGCCACCGCCCCAUCCUGCAGGAGCUCAACGAAAAGGGUACCCGCCUCAUCGAGCUCAGCCCAGGCCAAGGAGCCGCUGAGAUCAGGCAGCAACUCAACGAUGAUAACCAACGCUUCAACGAGCUUGCUUCGAGAACCAAGGACAUUGAGUACAGGCUCAGUGCUGCUCUAGAUGGUGCUCAGAAGGUUCAACAGAGCAUGGAUGGACUUCUGAAAUGGCUGGAUGAAGCAGACAGACAACAACAGACCCAGGCAAGGGAAACCAUCAGUGUAGAACCCGAUGGUGUUAGGGAUCAACUCAAAAAAGCAAAGGCCAUUGACAAGGAAAUCACUGGCAAGCAGAGCCGAGUCCAGGACACCCUUGGUGCGGCGGAAGCACUCAUCGAGCAGACCUCUGACCCACGCCAGCAAGCCCGCCUUGAAUCCCAGGCCAAUGACCUGAAGCAGAGGUUUGAUGACCUCUCAGCCAGGAGUGCUGACCGUGUGGAGGUCCUAGAAGAAGCGUUGCCACAGACCCUGCAGUUCAACGAGUCACACGAGGAGUUGACUAAGUGGUUGGACGAGGUCGAAGGUGACCUGAAGAACCUCAAACCACCUGGACUGGAUGCAGAGGAGAUCAGGAGAGAGGUCGACAAUAACAGGUUCAUGAAGCAAACUGUAGCUGAGAAGCAGCAGCACGUGAACAAGCUGAACCGCAUCGCUCCAGAGCUGGCCAAGCUCAGCCCCGGUGCAGGAGCGCAGGGUGUACAGGCCAAGGCAGAUGAUGACAACCGUCGCUAUGAGAACGUCAAGGAGGAUGUCAACAAGAGGGGAGAGAAGAUGUUUGAUCUGCUCCAGAGGACAAGCUCCUUCGUUGAAGACCUUGACUCCACCCUUGAGCAGCUAAACAUCACUGCUGAGAAACUAAGCAGACCAGAACCCAUCUCUGCUGAUCCAGAUCAUCUUAGGAAACAGAUGAAAAAACUGCAGGCCCUGAGAGAUAACAUUGAUAGCCAAAUGGAUGUUGUAGAUGUGAUGCGUAAGGCUGGUAAUGAGAUGAUCGAGGCAUCAUCUCCAAGUGACCCGCAUGUCAGAGAUCUGAAAGACAAGCUCGACCAGAUGAGCAACAAGUGGGAUGACAUCACGGCCACAGCCAACAAGCGCUCUGCAGAUCUACAGGAAGCCCUUCACUCUGCUGAAUCCUUCUGGGAGGAGAUGAACGGUACGUCUGGAACCAUCAAAGAUCUUCAAGAUCAGAUCAAGAGUCAGGAACCACCUGCCGUUGAGAUCCCAGCCAUCAAGGACCAACAGGAUAUCCUGCAAGCCAUCAAGGAGGACAUUGAUGCGGUCAAGCAGGAUGUGGAGAUGACCAAGCAGCUCGGCCAGGACCUGAUGACCCAUUGCAGCGACUCCAACAAACCAGAGGUCCAGAAGAACGUGGAUGAACUCAACAACUCUUGGGAUAACCUCAACGAUGCCUUCAAGGAUCGUCAUCAGAAGCUGGACGAUGCCGAUGAAGCGGCUCAAGCGUUCCAGGACGGUCUGGACAGGAUGAAUGACUACAUGACCAAGGCGGAAGAACAGGUGGAUAGGAUGCCAGCAGUUGGAUCGGAUCCACAGACGGUCAGGAGACAGCUGGACAAUCUCAAUGCCUUCAAGAAGGAACUCGGUCGCAACAACCUCGAGCUUGAGACCGUCAACCAGCUCGGAAACCGUCUCCUCACCAAGUGUACUCCAGAGAACCAGGAGCUUGUCCAAGCUCCUAUGAGUGACAUGAACAGACGCUGGAAGAACCUCCAGGAUAAGACCUUUGACAGACAGCACAAACUUGAGGCUGGAUUCUUGGCCCUUGGUCAGCUUGAGAGCUCUCUGGAUGAACUCCUGAACUGGAUGAACCGAACCGAGAAGGCCUUGAGUGACCAGAGACCAGUGAUGGGAGAUACCAAGGGUGCAGAGAUAGAACUAGCUAAGCACAAGGUGCUUCAAAAUGACAUCAUGGCUCACGAAUCCAGCGUGAAGUCCGUCAACCAGGCCGGCCAAAACUUUGUAGCGUCUGCAGACAACAGGCAGGUUGCCAACGUGGUCCGCAGCAAGCUGGACGAUGUCAACAACAAGUGGGCCAACCUCACCAGGAUGAGUGACGGCAGGCAGAGGGAGCUAGAGGGAGCCCUUGGAGAGACCAAAAACUUUGCUGAGGAGGCUACCCGUCUCCUCCGCUGGCUCCAUGACAUCAAUGGACAGCUCUCAUCCAGCCAGCCUGUAGGUGGCUUGCCGGAGACAGCUAGGGAACAACUGGACAGACACAAUGACCUGAGGAAGCAUAUGGAUCGUGAGAAGCUGGCCUUUGACUCGCUGAUGCAGGCUGGUCAACAGCUGAAACGCCAGUCAGGACCGGAGGCCGAUAGAGAGGGCGGGGUAGGCCACACCCUCAAGACCCUCCAGGCGCAGUGGGAUGCUGCUAAUCAGAAGGCAACCGACAGAAAGCGCAAGCUGGAGGAUGCUCUGACCCAAGCCCAGAACUUCCAUGAUGCCCUGCAGGCCUUCAUCUCUUGGCUGACUACUGCUGAGAAGACCAUGAACAGCAGCAAACCACCCAGUACUGUCCUGGACACCAUCAACCAACAGAUCACUGAACACAAGGACUUCUUGAUGGACAUCCAAGCCCACAAGGAGACCAUGCGCGAUCUAGACCGGGCCGGCACCCAGCUCAAGUACUUCAGUCAGAAGCAGGAUGUCAUCCUCAUCAAGAAUCUUCUGAUCAGCGUUCAGAACAGAUGGGAGAAGGUCCAGUCACGAUGCAAUGACAGGACCAGGCAGCUGGACUCUGGCUUCAAGCGGGCCAAACAGUUUGAUGAACAGUAUGGCAAGCUGUUUGGUUGGCUGACGGACUCACAAGCCCAACUAGACCAAGACAAGUCUAUCGGUAGUGAUCCUGAGACCCUCAAAGCACAGCUCCGUAGGCACAAGGACUUCCAACGUGCCCUUGGAGCCAAGCAGCCGCUCUAUGACAACAUUGUCCGCUCUGGACGAUCCCUGAGGGAUAAGAGCAACCCUGCUGACACCAAGACAAUCAACGGCAUGCUCACUGAUCUCAAGGAUGAGUGGGACCUGGUCUGUGGCAGGUCGGUCGACAGGCAAAGGAAGCUUGAGGAAGCUCUCCUGCACAGUGGACAGUUCAAGGAUGCUCUACAAGCUCUCCUGGAGUGGCUCUAUCAGGUGGAACCUACACUCUCAGAUGAGACACCUGUAGAUGGUGACAUCGACACCGUCAUGAAUCUCAUGGAAGCUCACAAGGGCUUCCAGCGAGACCUAGGGAGCCGCAAGAACAGUGUCAAGUCCGUCAACAAGUCUGCCAAGGACCUGAUGGAUAAAUCCAGUGAGGAUACAUCCCAUCUCCGAGCUAAGAUCCAGGAGCUGGCUUCCAAGUGGGAGACAGUGUGCGAACAGAGCGUACACAAGCAGGAGAGGCUAGAGGAUGCUAUGAAGGAGGCUGAAGACUUCCAUGACAUUGUUCAGCUGCUCCUGGAGUGGCUAGCUGAUGCAGAACAGAGCCUUCGAUUCCAGGGUCCACUUAGCAAUGACCCUGAGGUCAUCAGAGAACAGAUGGAAACACACAAGGACUUCAAGGAUAGCUUUGGUUCACAGGAGAUGAGGAUGAACGAUGCCUGCGUGAUGGGAGAUACCAUCCUGUCUAAGUGUCAUCCAGAGGCUGUACCGGUCAUCAAACACUGGAUCACUGUUCUUCAGGCCAGAUGGGAAGAGGUGAUGGCCCUCUCUGACCAGAAAUCAGACCGCCUUGAUGAAACCCUGGACAACCUUGCAGAGAACGCAGAACUCCUGGAGAAGCUGAUGGACUGGCUCAACAAGUCUGAACAUGUCCUACAGGACAGGGACUCCAAACCCACUCCGGAGGAUGUAGACCGCAUCCAAGCUCUGCUCAAAGAACAUCAGGACUUUGAGGACUCUAUGGCCCAGAAGCAGCCCGACAUUGACCGCCUGACCAAAGCCCACAAGCGCCGUCGCUCUCAGGACAGUCCUUCCGCCCUUCCUCAGCUUGACCGAUCCCGCCGCGGCAAGGGUAGCCGCCCUCGUAGCCGCGACCCGAGCCCCGGAUCAGACUCACGCAACCCACGCGUGGCAGCACUGCACAACAAGUGGAAGCAGGUGUGGCUUGUUGCCAUGGAUAGGAGACGCAGGCUACAGGACGCCCUCGAUAGGCAGGCACAGCUCCAGAAGCUGCGCAACUUCAACUUUGACGAGUGGCGCACGCGCUACCUGCAAUGGAUGAAACACAAGAAGGCUCGAGUCAUGGACUUCUUCCGCAAGCUGGAUCUGGAUCGUGAUGGCAAGCUAACUCGUAUGGAGUUCAGUGAUGGCAUCAUCAACUCCAAAUUCCCAACCAACCAGCUUGAGAUGAACGCCGUGGCCGACAAAUUUGAUCGUGACGACGACGGAUAUAUCGACUACAAGGAGUUCAUCGCAGCGCUCUGGCCGGAGAAGUCAUCUGGCAAACCAACCAGUGAUGCAGAGAAGAUCGAAGAUGAGGUUCGAAAGCAAUGCUCCCAAUGUACUUGCCAAAAGAAGUUCAAAGUCCUUAGAAUUGGAGAGAGCAAGUACAAGUUUGGAGAAUCGCAGCAGAUGCGUCUUGUGCGUAUCCUGCGUAGCACCGUCAUGGUGCGCGUAGGAGGAGGCUGGAUGGCUCUGGAUGAAUUCCUCGUCAAGAAUGACCCGUGCAGAGCCAAGGGACGAACCAACAUUGAGCUGAGAGAGAAGUUUGUGCUAGCUCAUGGUAUGAGUCAAUCCAUGACGCCAUUCAGCAGGAGACCAAGAUCAAGGUCACCUUCAGAGUCUAGCCAAGGUAGCACCAGCUCCAGGAGCUACUCUCAACCGCUCAUCAAGAUCCGUGAAAAGCGUAACAUCUCUCGACCUUGGCAGCAGGGAGCUGCAUCCAAAACUCCCACCGGAACACCGCGCCGAUCAGCAACCACCCGAACCGGAACAAACGGCAGCGUUACCACCUCGCGAGAGACGCGACCAGAUGGAACGCUUUUCACCAAGAAAACCACGACCAAGGAACUCUCACCAGGUGAGAGAACCUCAAUGCGCUCGCCAUCCUCGACCGGCGGCUACUCCACCCAAAAGAAAAUAACUGGACGCAACACGACCGUGAGCGUCGAUGAGCGUUCCAGCCCCAAGGGUGGAACCAGAGGUGAGGUCACUGUGCGUACCGUGACGGAGGAAGAGCGUACCGUCACCAUGCCGACAUACAAGCGCACAACGUACUCACCACGAUCGGACCUAUCGUCACCGACGGCCGCAUCCAUGGCCAAAUCAAAGAAGGCUUCAACCCACAAGAACUCAAGCAGCGGAUGGAAGCAUUAAGUACUCUGAUAAUCUUCACACUCUCUCUCUCAUUUUUACACAAUUGAAGAUUGCCUUUCAGAUAAAAUUUAAUGUACUUUACAUGAAUAAUACUUUUUAAAAUCUGAAAAUAGUCCUAACAUCCCAUAGAACAAGUAAAGAAAAAAAUAAACAAGACCCACUACAACUUGCUUGGGAUGUAAUACUGAACUACACUGUAAGAGAGAGUGAGUGCGUAAAUAUGACUAUACACAUAAGACUUAUAUUGUUAUUUCUUCCACAAUUAUACACGUAAAUGUACCUGUGGUUUAGCAUUAUUAUUCAAAUGUAAAGGGAAAAAAGAAACUGAAAUCAAUUUGAGAGAGAGAGAAUGGGAGAGUGAUAUAAUAAAGAAAAACAUGAUAAACAAUUUGAUAUGUACUAUUGUGAGUUUUUAGAAUAUUGUUGCUAUAAUCAUGUUUGAAUUAACUAUGCUCACUUGUCUUUAUUUCAUGUUUUCUUUCUUGUCAGAAUUCUGUAAAUCACCUGAUGAAAGGAGAUUAUUCUGAUUUAAAAAAAUCACCAUUCCUUGUGACAAAAAUUAAUAAAAUGUACUCAUAUCUAAGGAAUGUUGAUAUUCAAGAUUUUGACAUUUUAGGGUAAUAAAGAAUAUCUUUUUUUGUCUUUCAAACUUCAUUUAAAUGUAUGUAAACUGUAUAUGAUUUAAAAAAUGAAUCAUGCUUUUUUAUGUAUAUAUUGGUCUUAAAAGAGUAAAUUGUCUCAUAUGUUUCAAAGUAUAAAGUGUAUAUGUUUUGUGUUCCAUGAAUUAUGUUUCAUAAACUGUUUUUUCAUUAUAAACAAUGUUAUCAUGGCUGAAAUGUCACAAUAUUGAAAAGAAUGAAUCUUCUUUCUAUUAAAUGGACUCAAAUUAUGAAAGCUGUACUGUCAAUAUGAUAUCAUAGCUGCCAGUUAAGGGAAUGAAUUCAUAUUCAAGUUUUAGAGAAAAUCAAAUUUAAUUGAAUUAUACAUUAAUGUUAUGAAGUGUAUUACAAUUUCUCUGCCAAAUUUGAAAUUUUUACUGGUUGUAACGCAGUUCUACGCAUAUGCACUCCGGUGGUUUUUAUCAUUGUGUGAAAAUCAAAAUGUGAAAAUAAGGCGACGAUUGAGAAAAGACAAUAUCUUCCGCGUCUAUAAUAAUAUUUUUAUUUCAUUCACUUUCAUGACUUGGUAUCAGCCUCAUUUUGGUUUUACUGUAUUUUUGUUGUUCCGGUCACUUCCCAUUUUUCAUGUAUUACUAAAUUGUAUCCAUGUGUUUACAUCAUGCAAAAAAAAUCAUAUGUAAUGUGCAUCGAUGGAUAUGAAAUCCAUACUGUUACACUCGAUACAUUAAAAUUAUGUUUAUGGACGUACUAUUCUAUGUUUUGUAUACAAUACACACAAGUGCAUUAUAUACGAUUGCUGAAGCAAACUAUUAUUGGUGUUGCAAACAUUCUGUCGUUUUUUUCUAUGAAGUGCCGGCGUUAUUUUUUAUCUACUGGAAGCAUAAACAUAUAUGCGCAAAAAAUAAAUGGGAAAAAAAGUGUUUUAACUGCGAUACUUGGUAUGAAAAUAAGUGAAACUAACAAUUAUUCUAAACAAAAAUAAAAAGAAACAAAGUACUCGUGUAGUUUUAAAGAUAUUCUUAUUAUUAUAUGUCAGGCUUUUUGCAAUUAUAGCUCAAUGUUAGAGUAAUUUGUUAAAGAGUAGAGCCAUAUUGCAUGUAUUAUUUUGUUUGCCAAGUUAGCGAUACAAUCUACUUGCCAUGGAGGUUGUUCAUGAGGUCAUUCUAUAUGUAAAAUGUUAGUCGGCACACCAUUUGAAAUCUUUCUGGGGAAGACUUUCAAUUGAGGUGCCUAUUGCAUUGAAUACGGAUUACGCAUCUUUUUGAAUAAUUUGAAUUAGAUUACCCUUUGAAAGUUGAACUGGGGACAAACUGACUUUCAAGGGAAAUCUGAUUUGCAAAGUUUUUUGGAAAUUUGUCAGAGAAACUGGGGACAAAAGUCUCUGACAUAUUUCUGACAACAUUGCAAUGCAGUGCCUGUAAGGGCAAGUGGAGAGGAGCUCAAUGAGUUUGGAAAGUCUCUGAUUCUGAUGUCUGAAAGUGGGGACGUUUGGACAAUCAGAAUCAAUUCUUUUCUUAUUCACAUCGGACACAAUACAUUUACAUGCAAACGUCCAGCAUUUGACAUGGCAAGAUUUUUAAUGAUUUUUCUUCAUUAAUUGUUGGGUACUGAAAUUUGUAGAUGAUAUAGAAUGUUAGAUCAUUUUAAAUGUUAAAUAUGAAGUAGAGUUUAUAAUUUGAACGUAGUUUUAGACUAAAAUAACAUUUUUAACCCUAGAAAGUACUCCUUUUCUAAUUUAGGUCAGUACAUUGAUAUAGAGAUGUUGUAAGCAUUGCAAAUGAUAUGAAGAAAGUCAUCUGGGGACUUGACGUUCGAGUAGACUUUGCAAGGUGUAUAGCAAACCGAAGAAGAAACAAGGACAUGUAGAAAACUGGGGACUCUUUCUACAUGUCCCGGCUUUCCAAUGAAGUUGAGAAUCGGAUUCUUUUUAAUUGUAGUUGAAUAGAUGUUAUUCAUGUAUCCAAACCAUUUUUUAAUGACAAGGAUGCUGGAUAAUCUGUUUUAAGGACUUAUUAAUGAGUAAUAAAAGCGAGGAUGAAAUUUUACGUGGGGACAUGAAAUUCUUCCAAGUUUAUGUUUGUCAUUUUGAUUUGUUUAAAAGAAUGUCCACUGUACUGUAGAUGCUAGCCUGGUAAAGAUAAGUAGUUAAAGUUAGGGAUUUCAUAAUGUAGUUAGUGUUUCCAUGGAUGUAGUAACAUUAGAAUCCUUUUCAUUUCGAGGUGCUGGGGUGCCCAACUAUUAUGUCAUAAUUAUUUUUAUAUCUAUUCAUUUUUCAUAUGCUUAGAGUGAUAGAUAACUUGCAAAAAAUGUGAGAAAUAUAAUUAUAGUGUGUGUAUGUGUAGAAAUGGGCUGUAUAUUUUCUUCAUUUCAGAUUAAUUUUGUUUGUUUCUGUAUGGCUUUGAAUCUGUCUUUAAAGGGUUGCAAUUCUAGGUUGAUAAAUGCUAAUAUGCCUUCAGUUGGUUAGGAACUGUUGGUGAUUAUUUGCUUGGAAUACACUAAAAAUUCAUGUCCUUUUUUCGCAAAAUGUUGCUUAGGAAUAAAGAGGAGAAACGGCUGCUAGAAUAAUAA